AUGCUUUCCAGUAGAGUUGCAGCCAAGCAGGUGCUCAAGGCUGCGAGAGCUAAAACGCCCCAGUUGACGCUUCCUGCUUGCUCCCUUGCAGCCAGGUACUACCAAACAAAACAAUACAAAAUGUCAAAGGGGCUGGCUAGAGGAUUCGCUACCCAUGUCGAGGAGUACGAAAUUGACUAUAUAUCAUUGAAGAAAAAGAGCAAGAAGAAAAACGCCAGUAAGAAGCUAGAUGUUGAACUACCCCAUUUUGGCAUCAAACGACCAGACAACCUUGGGUACCCCUUCCAUGAGGUCCAGAACUACAAUGAAGCAUUGAUGGAGGAGUUGCUAGAGGAUCAGACGUGGGGGUUUAGGAUCGUUGACGAAGAUGGCCUCCCCCAAGGUCUCGCCUAUACCAAACAUUAUUGCAAUGAGUUGAAGGUGUUUGAGCACUUUCUUCAAGACACAUUCAACUACCAGAUCAAGAGCUUUGCAGACCUAUCUGGGCUGGAAGUUGUAAACACAUUGUUCAUAUUCAAAGACUAUUACAGCAGAGGCGACAUCCCGGAAGUCAACAAAGAAAACAAACACAAAUACGACGAGAUGGUACGAUUCUUUAUCGAGUUUGUCAAUAAGGACGCGCGAUUUCCGCAAGAGGUUGUCGGGGACUAUUUCCCACGGGCUAAACGCUCACACGAGAUUGAAGAUUUCCUCAACCUAGGGUUGUACUUCUAUGUCCCAGAAUUGACGUCAUUAGAUCGGGAGUUCAACUUUAAAAAGAUAAGAUCGAAAAAGGACUUGAUUGUUCAGAUUGACAAGACGGUGAAGGAGUUUGACCACUUUUUGGAAGGCAAUGUGAACUACGAUGAAUCGUUCUUUAAAGUCUUGAUUCAGGUGGAACGUUACAAAGCACUACGUGAUAAACUCACCGAGUCAAUCACGUCUUUGAAAGUGGUUAAGAGGAUAAUCGAAGACAAUGAUUUUGGCGAGGCAAUGCAGGAGUCAAUGUUUGAGGGGUUAACAUUGAAACAUGACAGAGCUGCUAUCUACGAAAAAGUUGCCGAGUUGGGUGUAUUGUGGAGCCUACUCGAAUUUGGAAAUCUCAUUCCAGCUACUGCAAAAUACAGCGAGUUGGCGCCACGGCUCUAUGAAAUUGCAACCACGCGGGGCCAACCCUUUGAAGAACAGGCCAGGCACUUCUUGGAGGCUCUAACCACGGACCAGUUGAGGUCUGGUAAAUUGCUCUCUCACCUCGCCCAGUUUGAUUUCGGAACAUCAAAGUACAAUUUCACGGGCAAUUUGGAGGAAGAUUGGAUUUUGAAUUUCUUGCUUGAAGAGGAAUUCGCAUUAGAGACAGGCUUAACCGAGGAUGAAUUUUGGACCGAAUGGGACAACUUUCAUCCCAGCGACUGGGCUGCAUCGGAAGCCUUUGGAUGUAUCGACGGCACCAGCGUUAAAAGAUUGGCACAAAACCCAGAUGUUCUUGUGAAAUACUUGGAAUUGAAAGGAGAUUCCUUGGCAGAGUGCUUACCCGAGGACUCGCCAUUGUUGCAAGCGCGGAAGGAACUCAGCGCUGCAAAACAAGGGGUGGGCGUUGAUUUCGCCUUUUAUGCCGAUAUCAAGCACCUCGUCGGAGACCUUACUGAGAGAGCACCUUUAUCCAAGACCUCGCUUGACAGACUUGUCUCUGCUAUUCUCGACUCGGCCAGAUAUUUUGGCAAUCACUUGGAGGUUUUGGACGAGGUUGUUGAGGACUAUGAAGCAGAGCAAGUCACUGACAGACACACAAGCACAAACUACAAGCAGAUACCAGACUGGUUGCGUCUUGAAAGGCAUGUACCAGAGAUUGAGUUUGUCCAAACUUUGGUAGGCGAUUUCCAAGACAAGUCGAAAGUCAUGUCAGCUAUUGAAGAUGUGACGGAACGCAUUUUGGAAGACGAGACGUUGUAUCCAGAAAUAAACCACGGCAGCUUGCUUACGCUAAGGGCAAAGUUGAAGGAGUUUUCUACCAACAACACCACUGAUUGUUUGGAGAUCUUAAACACGGUGCUUCUAAGUAACGAUGUGUUUGCUCAAUUUGAGAAGCGAGUCAAAGAAAAACCCGCACAGGAGACAGCACCGUACGUCCAGAUUCCCGAUGAAUUGGAAUUAUCCGAUUUCGCUAAAGAAUUGGCCAAUCUUAGAAACGCGCUUGGGGGUGCCACAUUCAAGGAGCAUUCUGGUGAUAGAGUGUUGAAAGCUUUGGACUACCAAAUUGAUAACUUUUUUGGUGAAGCCAGUGGCAAAGACUCGUUUAUUUCCAAGAACUCUGAUGCUUUCAGGUACAUUAGGUUGAAGAGAAGAUUGGGCAGGUUGUUUGACAUGAAUGGACAAAACACCGAGGCUUUGGAUGUGCUUCUCAAUAGUCAAGCGGUGUUUGACACUUUUGAGAGUCAAAAAAUGGCACACGAGGAACAAGUAGCCGAAGAAGGAGAGGACUCCCCCGAAUAUAGACAAUUACCCAAUGAUUUUUUCUUGGAGGAGUAUGUCGUUGAAUUAAGGCAGUUGAGAGAUACACUACACGUUGACAAAUUGGCAGACGUGUACGCUGCCGAGGUCUUGGCCAAGGUGGAAGAAUUGUCCAAAGCCAGUUACUCAACCAGUGGAAAGAGAUUGAUCUGGCACAAGUUGUAUCGAAACUUGGUUUUGCUUUUCAAACAUAACCACGGUGCGACAUUUGUUUUGGACAAUGUGUUAACCAGUGCUGCUGAAUUGGAAAAACUUAGCAAGUCGACACGGACACGUGUAAGCGACCCUGUUUCCGAGCAAGUGGAGUUUUUAAAAAAGGCAGAGUAUGAAGUUUUAGGUGCAUUUUUAACGGCUUCGAGAUUGUUGUACAAGUCUGAUGUGACACAGGUGUCAAGGGGAGAUUUUAACGCAUUAGUGGAUAUGUACAUUGCCACGUUGGACGCGACAUCGUUAGGGUACUUGUUUAAAAAGGACGUUCUCGACUCGUUGAAGAAAUACAAUGCAGAGAUUGAUCAUUAUCCUGCGUUCCUUGUUUGCCUUUACGGUAUGAGCAAGAACUUGGAUGGUGAGCCAAUUUCCAAGGAGAGGUUGCAGGAGUUUUACGCUGACUUGGCACGAAGCGUUACAGGACAGUCAAACGCAGCCAAGGAAGAGCCUUCUGAGGUAGUUACCUAUUCAACCGAGACUGACGAGGUCAAGGACCGUGAACAUCCUAGCGAGUCAACACCAGAAAUUGAAUAUGAGUAUGAUAUGAGAGAGUACGAACCAUCGGAGUCUAAACCGGGGGCAUGCUCGGAUGUGGAGCCUCAAGUUCCACUGGAUAAGCAAAAGUACCACGACUCAGAACAGUUUAUUGCCGAUUUAGACAACCAAAGCGAAAACGUCUCCAGGAACGAUGCAUUCGAGGAUGCGGUUAGGGCAGCAUUUGCGUCUGCUUUGCAGAGAGAUGAGGUGCAAGAAGCAAGUGCACACACCAAGAGUGCCAAGAGGCACCACCACAAACACAGUAGGUCCAGCACGACAUCGGGAGAUACCAGUGCUAUAGACACAAUCAAAUUGAAAGAGUAUCUCAUGAGGUUGAACAAGGAUGAGCUAUCAAGGCAAAGGCAAGCCGAGGCUUACGAAUGGAGUAAGUUCAAGUAUGACCAAUCGUUAGCUAGCUCUUCCAAGUCGUAUUUGCUUUUAGGCUUGGUGGGUGAGGAGAUCCCAGUAUCGGAAAAGUUGCUCAGUGAUGAAUUAUCCCAUCAAGGUGGCAUUUUCGAAAUCUUGGACAAGUUUAGCAACGACGAGCUUGCACUAGUUAAUGACAGGUUGCAGUGCUUGCAAAAUGACAGUUACAAAGUUGUUGGCUACAAACAGGACGGGAAGAGAAAGUUUUUAAUCCUAGAGAAUGAAGGGGAUAAAGAACCUAGGGGGGCUUCAGGUAAGUCUUCCUGGGGUAAGCGAGUUACCACUGGUGCAGCAGCAGCCAUGCUUGCAUAUCUUGCAUUGAGCUUUGCUUCGGAGGAGCCAAAGAAAGGGUCGUCUGAAGAGGGAGCACCAGAUCCAUCAGAAGUAGUAGGUGGCUCGACAGCUUCCCCACCUACUGCUAAGGAAAGUGAACCUUCAGUUGGAGAGUCAGCCGCGUUUCCUACGUCUGAAACGCCAGUUUCCAUCCGUCAACCUGAUUUGGCUAGCCAGAAUGGACACACUGGUAACAAGGAAAGGCUAGGGUUAAAGAAUAUUUUAUGGAGUGCCAAAUAA